GGGUUCCUCACUAAGAUCUGGUGGGGAGCGAUGACUACAGACACAGCCAUCUCCAAACUGGUGCUGUCUUUCUUCUGUCCCCCUCUCAUCUGGACCAACCUCAUCAAGUUCAGUGAUGAGGAGCUAGACAGUCGUGGUGGAGGAGAGGAGCAGUAUGUGGAACUAGACAGUCUGGACACAGAAAAGGCCCUGCUACUAACAGACAAUGACCCUUUAGACUCGGGUGGUCCUCCUGGUGGCGUGGAGGGCCAGAGCAGCGCCGCCGUGUGGUGGCGUUUCCUGCUGCGUCGCUGGCGUCGCUUCUGGAGUGCCCCGGUCACUGUGUUCCUAGGCAACGUCAUCAUGUACUUUGCCUUCCUCAUCCUGUUCACCUACGUGCUCCUGCUGGACUUUCGUCCUCCGCCCCCCGCGGGCCCUGGGGCCCCUGAGAUCAUGCUCUACUUCUGGGUCUUCACCCUGGUGCUGGAGGAGCUGAGACAGAGUUUCUUCACAGACGAAGACAUGAGCAUCCUGAAGAAAUUCAAGCUGUACGUAGAGGACAACUGGAACAAGUGUGACAUGGUGGCCAUCUCACUCUUCGUAAUCAGUGUGUCCUGCAGGAUGAUGAAAGACACGUAUGAGGCGGGACGAACGGUUCUGGCGCUGGACUUCAUGGUGUUCACACUGCGUCUCAUCCACAUCUUCGCCAUCCACAAGCAACUGGGGCCCAAGAUCAUCAUUGUGGAGAGGAUGAUGAAGGAUGUGUUCUUCUUCCUGUUCUUCCUGAGUGUGUGGCUCAUAGCGUACGGCGUGGCAACUCAGGCCCUUCUCCACCCCAACGACCCGCGCCUAGACUGGGUGUUUCGCAGGGUCCUGUAUCGACCCUACCUGCACAUCUUUGGCCAGAUCCCACUGGAGGAGAUUGACGUGGCACGGAUGCCCGAGAGCAACUGCACCACAGUGAUAGAGGAGAUCAUCAUGGGAAGUCUGCCCCCUUGUCCCAACAUCUACGCCAACUGGCUGGUCAUCCUACUGCUGGUCAUCUUCUUACUGGUGACCAACGUUCUGCUGCUCAACCUCCUCAUCGCCAUGUUCAGCUACACGUUCCAGGUGGUGCAGGGCAAGACAGACAUCUUCUGGAAGUUCCAGAGGUACAACCUGAUCGUGGAGUACCACAGCAGGCCUGCCUUAGCCCCGCCCUUCAUCAUCAUCAGCCACUGCUCCCAGCUGCUCCUCAGCCUGGUCAAGAGGCCUGAGCCCAAACUGGAGCAACUAGAGAGGGAGCUGCCUGCAGGUCUGGACCAGAGGUUGAUAACCUGGGAGACAGUACAGAAGGAGAACUAUCUGGCCAAACUGGAACGGCAGCAUCUGGAGAGCAGUGAGGAGAGACUGAAGACCACCUCUGCCAAGGUUCAGAGCUUAUUGAAGAUUGUUGGAGGAUUCAAGGAGCAAGAGAAGCGAAUGUCAUCCAUGGAAGCUCAGGUGAAGUACUGUGGGGAGGUGCUGUCCUGGAUGGCUGAGUGCUUUUCCCAGAGUACACUCAAGUGUGAGAGAGAGGCCCCCAGAGUUCCAUCUGUCAAGGCUACUGGUGUCACAGCUGUGAAGGCCGGCGCUUCCAGAGAUCCCCCUCAGAAUGUGUCAGACAAGGAGGUGGAGCCAGAGAGGAGAGAGGCUAAACUAGGCCCCUCGGGAUACGGAGCCAACACGAGGUUUCCUUACAUGGACCAAUAACAUUCACAUCAAAAGUAGUGUUUUUGUAAUAUGAAUCCCAGCCUGGAAAUAGAACCACUAAUUUUCUGAAUGUUUUUAGUUUUCUAGUUGAGACAUGACUGAAUCUGAAUCCAAAGUGCCUUAUUAAAAUGAAUAGCCUUGA